AUGUUUCAUAAAACUGAUAGUUGCUUCUUACAAUCGCGUCAAACAUUUUUCAGAAAUGAUGAUUAUCACGACGAAUUAAAUAAUUUGUUUAACAAGAAGUUCCAAUUUCGCUUCCACAACGAUUGGAAAUUGCCUGAGAAAGAGUCGUGGUUCUCGACGCCUCCCUGGAAAGUGAAGCAGUUAGUGGACUUGAAAAAUCAAUUAAAUUUUCACAAAAGUCAGUUGAAUGAUUUUAAUAUUGAGGAAUGGAGCAGUCAUACACGGCGCAGAAAUCCUGCGGGGGAAGUUGGUUGGAAGAUCAGGUGUCUUGUCAACCCAGAGUUCCUUACACAGGCAUGGACCAAGUUUUACGAGUGUGCGUGCACAUACAACAUUAUACCGGCAGAGGCGACGCUAGACAGGAAGAUGGUGUCACUACACUUGUGUGAAGCACCAGGAGCAUUCAUCACAUCUCUGAAUCACUACCUGAAGUCAAACUACCAGAAUAUAGAAUGGAAGUGGGUAGCUAACACACUAAACCCAUAUUAUGAAGGCAACUCCCCAUCCAACAUGAUCAGUGAUGACCGCUUCAUGUUCCACACUCUGAACAACUGGGACUUUGGGACAGACAACACUGGGAACCUCAUGGACUGGGAGAACUCACAGGCUAUCAUCAAGAAGGCGAAAUCUUUAGGAAAGGUCCUGCUGGUGACAGCUGAUGGGUCCAUUGACUGCCUGCAAAAACCUGAUGCCCAGGAGGAAGUGACAUCACCUCUCCAUUACUGUGAGAUCAUUACUGCAUUGCAGUCACUUAGUCCAGGUGGCACAUUAAUAUUCAAGCUGUUCACACUAUUUGAACAUUCAACAGUAAGUCUCCUGUAUCUUGUCAACCACCUGUUCAGUGAAGUGAACAUUUACAAGCCAGUAACAUCAAGACAAGGCAACUCUGAGGUCUAUGCCAUUUGCCUUAAAUAUAAGGGCAUGGCUAGCUUGGAGAUGUUCCUUACUACACUGAAGUCUGCAUAUGGAACAGAUGUCUAUGGAAGUUUUGCUCUAUUCCCUCUUGAAGCAAUACCAGAGACAUUUAUCAAACAGGUUGUAGAGUGUGCUGGCUACUUCUGUUCUAUACAGUGCCAAGUUAUCAACAAUAACCUCAAGGCCUACCUCAUGCAGAAGAAUAUAGCGCUCCAUAGAGACAUCAAGAAAAUCCGAGGAAUAGUAGCUACAGAAUUUAUCUGGCAAUAUGAUCUGAAGCCCUUAGAUAUGGAACAAGAGAUCUUAAAAGGAAUAUUACAUGAAGAAAACAAAAUCAAUAUGAACCCUAGGUACCACCGUGGAUCAUACACAGAGAGGCAGCUCUAUUGUAAGAUGUCUCUCAGAGAAAAAUUAAACAAUUUAAAUUCAUUCCUCCAAGCUGAAGUACUGUCUAACCCUCUGAUAUUAAUAAAUGAGCAAAUGAAAUGGAUGUGCUUUUAUGAUGAAAAGACAGAACUGAAACUCAUCUUCACAUAUGGUUGUCCUUUACAGAAAAUAAAUAGCUCAAAGUUUAUAUUUGUACCUAUAUUUAAGUUAUACCAACAGAUUUUAGCUGAAGAAGAGUUUAAGGAAAUAAUAUUUUGUAAAGAUGGGAAAAAUACGGAUAAUGAUAGAGACUACGGACUGGAGAUACACUUGAGACUGAUGUUCCCUGAGUAUGAGCAUGCAGAGAGCUACCAUGUAUUUGAGAAGAGAUGUUUUAAGAUGCUGUUGCAAAGUUUAAACAAGUUAGCAGUUGGGCAAACACUCCUCAUUCAGAACAUCAGCAUGCUGUCCCACUUCAAUGUCAGUGUGAUAUACAUCAUCACGAAGAAGUGCUUUGAAAAGAUUGGAUUUACAUCUCAGAACACAAUUGUGUUGAAAAAUCUUAUGAACAAAUCUGCAUUAAAUUACCUUGAGCAAGUGGACUCUGAGUGUGACACAGUGAGGGGUGACGGUACUAAGGAUGUACUAAACUCCCUCAUGGUGCAGACAACAAAUGUUAGUGAAUUUUACAACAGCAUUGUUUUUUAUAACAAUACAUUUUAUCGGAAUAAAUGUUUGGAGUACCUCACUAAGAUUGAAAAAAUAAUUUAA